UGUCAGAACCUCCUCUAACAGGGCAGCUGUAAAUCGUCUGGAACGGACAAGUACUUGGAACUAUUGCCAACAUGGGGCUGUUUGAAACAGCCUUCCUUCUGACAAUAUAUCUAUACCUUACCAGCUCUCAGCAACAUGCAGUUCAUGCUAAAUCUGUUGCUGAUGUUGCAUUUCUGGUUGAUGGAUCUCAAAAUAUGGGACCCCAAGCAUUUAGACAGAUACGGAUUCUUCUUAUAAAAGCUGCCAACAAGCUGAAUAUAGGAAAGGAUGCAUACAGAAUUGGCCUUGCUCAGUACAGUGAUGGCCAACAAUUGGAGUUUGCAUUCAAUACAUUGUUAAGCAAGAGGGAUGUACUGAAUUACAUGAAGAGAAAGUUCCAGUAUAAAGGCGGAUCCUCAUUAAAAACAGGCCUGGCUUUGGAUUUUCUGCAUAAAACUCUCUUCACAGCUGCUGCUGGAAGUCGAAAAAAUGAAGACAUUCCUCAGAUUGCAGUAUUGAUUACGUCUGCGCCAUCGGAAGAUAAUGUUGAAAGUUAUUCGGCAUCUUUACGCAAUGAUGGUGUGAUCGCUAUUGCCAUUGGUGUAAAGAAUUCAGACUUAAAUGAACUCCAAAAAGUUGCCUAUCUCGGAAGUUCUCCAUUUGUUUUCAAGAUGAACAACUUUGAUGCUUUUACAAAUUUAUCAGUAAAUUUGACUGAAAUAGUACAAAAUAUACAUGAAGUUGUAAAGCCGAAAAGAACAGAAAUACCAGCAGACUGCAUCGUAGACAUUGCUGUGGGAUUUGAUCUCCCUGGAUGGUUUGGAUCACAGAAUAUAUUUAUUGGGCAACAGAAAUUACAGCUAAAGCUAGAGGAAAUUAUGCAGAGAAUCACAUCUGCGAGUGAUAUUAGCUGUCUCUCUGGUUCUCAUCCAGUGACCAGGGUGGCAUUUUACAUGCAAAGUGAAACCGGCCAGGUUAUCUUUCAAACAAAAUUCGAAAACUAUAGUGCUGAAAUAAUUAAUAACCUCAUGACAACCCAAGCAGCAGCCAAAAUUGAUUUGAAUCUUGAGACUUUGGAGGCACUCGGGAACAUAUUUGGGGAUACAACUUCAAAGGCAAAGGUGAUUCUUAUAUUUACGGAUGGCUUAGAUGGCACCAAAGAGAGUUUUGAAACAACAGCCAGAGGUCUUAGAGAAAAAGGAGUCAAGGCACUCAUCACUGUGGCUUUGGAGGGUGCUCCAAAUAUAGAUGAUGUCCUGUUCGUUGAGUUUGGAAGAGGAUUUGAAUACAAACAAAAGCUAUCAAUUGAAAUGGAGGACGUUGGAAGUGCUUUGCAUAGACAAAUAAAUGCAGUCGUGGAAAAAGAAUGUUGCAAUGUCCUUUGUAGAUGUACAGGAGAACCUGGUGCAUACGGUCUUCAGGGAAGAAAUGGAGACAAGGGAAAUCCAGGCACAAAGGGAUUUCUAGGUUAUCCAGGAGACGAAGGAGGACCAGGUGGCAGGGGCCCACCAGGUGUAAAUGGAACUCAAGGGAUUGAAGGAUGUGCUGGUCCCACAGGCCCCAAGGGAAAAGCAGGGUAUCCAGGAGAGAAGGGUAGCGUUGGGGACCAUGGCAUCGAUGGAAUACUUGGAGAACAGGGAGACAAUGGAAUUCCAGGAGCUCCCGGUGAUAAAGGAAACUUGGGAAAUCUGGGUAAGAAAGGCCAAAAAGGAGACCCUGGUGAGCGUGGAAAACCAGGUUUACGUGGAGACCGCGGUGAAUUUGGCAUCAAGAGCAAUAUUACAGGUCGAAAAGGUGAAAGAGGAGACAUAGGACAGUUGGGCGAUUCAGGAAAAGACGGUAAUCCAGGAAAGCCUGGUGUUGCAGGAAAUCCUGGUCUCCAUGGUCACAGAGGGCCACCUGGUAAAAAUGGUCAGAAUGGAAAAGGUGGUAAACGAGGUCGUAAGGGAGAUCCAGGAGUCCACGGCACACAGGGGAUACCAGGUUCACCUGGUCGUCCAGGUCGAAAAGGAGAACUGGGAGCUCGAGGUCAACAGGGUCCACAUGGAAGUCCAGGCCAGAGUGGGAUUAAUGGCAUCAUUGGAUUAAAAGGAAACAAUGGUGAAACUGGAACUCCUGGAGAGAAAGGCAUAAGAGGAGCACCGGGACCUCGUGGGUUAAUGGGGAUGGAUGGCAGCAAUGGAAUUGGUUCUCAAGGCCAAAAAGGAAAAAAGGGAAAUCGAGGAUCACAGGGUAACCUUGGCAAAAAGGGAGAAGGUGGAAAAGCUGGUCAAAGUGGAGAAAAAGGAAUCAAAGGGAUAAGAGGGAACAGGGGUAAUGUUGGUGGUUCUGGUGAUCCUGGUGAACCAGGAGAGAUUGGAUAUCUUGGAGUAAAGGGUGCUAAAGGACCACCAGGCACUUCAUUCAUGCCAUGUGACCUCAUAUCGACUGUGCGAGCUAAUUGUCCUUGUUGUUCACAAAGAAGAGGAGAGUGCCCUGCGUACCCCACGGAGCUGGCGUUUGCUCUGGACAUGUCUACAGAUGUCACACUAGCUAUAUUCGAAAGGAUGAAGGGGAUUGUAAUUAAUUUGCUGCAGAAUAUUAACAUAGCCGAAAGUAACUGUCCCACUGGAGCUCGUGUGGCACUUCUUACAUACAAUAACAUAGUAAGGCCUUUCAUUCGAUUUUCAGACUUUAAGAGAAAACAGUUACUCCUGCAAGAAAUAGAAGAGCUGGCACUAGAACGAUCGACCAGAAGGCGGAAUAUUGGCUUUGGUAUGCAGUUUGUUGCAAGGCAUACUUUUAAACGAGUUCGUAAUGGUAUUCUUGUGAGGAAAAUAGCUGUGUUUCUCACUAAUGGAGGAUCCAAAGACGCCAACUCCAUAGCUGCAGCUGCCUCGCAAUUCAGUGCUUCAGAUAUCAUUCCAGUCAUCAUCUCCUUUAAAGACAUCCCUGAAGUAGAACGAGCUUUUAAGGUCGAUGUUGAAACCACAGCUCAAGUGAUUGUACUGCCACGUCGGCAACAAGCCUCCGAAGAGUUGUUACACAGAUUCCUCUUGUGCACACUGUGCUUUGAUCAGUGUGAACCAUAUGACUUGUGUCUUGGAGGUGCCCAGCCGUCCCCUCUGCCAGUCAACCUGGACAUGGCUUUUGUUGUUGGUGACUUACAGCAAAUAGAAUCAACAGAAUCAGAAACAGUUCAGCAUUUCUUAACCUCAAUGGUUAACACAUUUCUAAGUUCUACAGAACCAAAAGCCUCCGAUCUUCAUCCUCGGGUGGCUCUGGUACAACACACAUCAAGUUACAAACCACAAUAUGGGAAAGAUCCAUUUAACCUGGAGUUUGGAGUUCUGGAUUACACCACAAAAACUUUGAAGAAGAGACACAUCCAAGACUCAUUCAGUCAGCAGAACGGCUCCACUGGCAUUGGCAGCGCCAUUGAAUGGAGCUUGAAGAAUUUCUUUUCAAAUCUCACAAAGCUGCAAACUUACAAGGUUAUCUUUACGAUAUUUUCAGGGCGAACAAUCAUUGAUGAGAAGAGAUUACUGGAAAUAUCACGAGAAGCCAAAUGUAAAGGUUUUGCAAUGUUUGCACUGGCCCUUGGGGAGGUAACUAAUGUCACAGUCCUGGAGGAGUUUGUCAGUUUUCCUUUUGAUCAACAUUUAGUUCAACUGGACAGAGUCCUGGAGCCUGAAAUGGAAUAUGCACAAAAAUUUUCAGUGGCUUUCCUGAAAAACCUGGCAACUGGGAUCAACAGCUAUCCCCCUCCGGGUCUUGUGAAGGCAUGCAGAGGAAUAAAACCUCAGGAGGCAGUAAAAGAAGCAGAAACAAAACCAUAUUUUAAUUUAGAGCUUGUGGUUACUACGGAAGAUAUUGAGGAACCCCAGAGUUACACCAGCAAUUAUGGUGUGUGUGCGUUGAAUCAGGAAGAAGGGAACUGUCACAAUUACACCAUAAAAUGGUUCUUUAAUACCAAAGACAAGGGCUGCAGACGGUUCUGGUAUGGUGGAUGUGGAGGAAACAAAAACAGAUUCGACACGCGAAAAGAAUGCGAAACCUUGUGUCUAAAUCCCAUAAAUACCUUAUAAAAUACUUUGGUAUAUCUUAAGGUGUGUCUCUGACUGUAGAAUAUGAUGAAACAAUGCACCAGAUUAAUUAAAAUUCCUUGUGUGAGUUGUCACUAGAGAAGUAAUGUCUUCAUUAUACAGAUGUAACAAAGGCAAUAUUGACCGUUUCAGACUGUGCUCAAUCCACUUCUAGAGGUAUGAAUUUCUUGGGGCCAGGGCUUCUUUAUAUGCAUAUUUGAAAGCAUAUACAGAUACAUAUACAAGUGCAAAAUUGUGACACUGUAGCGAUUGACCUUCUGGGACAGAAAACAUUAGCGUUUGCACUACAAUUACGACAGGCGGAAUUUUACGGCCUCUCUCACCGGAGGGAUUUUCCGAUCCUGCCAAAGCCAAUGGACUUCUGAAUGGCUUGCCUCAUUAUACGGCCCUGCCCCCGCCACAAUGGGGCUGUAAAAUUCUGCCCUACAUGGUUCAAGAACAAUCGGACCCCUCUUUUCGGAUGGUGCCUUUUUACAAAAAAGUUGAGCAACUCCAAUGCUCCAACUGUUUGUUUUACAUAUACCAUUAUUUUGGUGUUUACUCAGUCAAGUGGAAUUUUUUAUGUUUUGUUAAUAUGUAUAUCAAUUUCAACAGCACCUUGCAUUGUAGUCUCGAGUAUUAUUUUGCUUGAUAUCUUUAGGCAAAACUUGCCUCAGGCAGAGUGUUUAAUUAUUUGAAAUGACAAUUGUAUGUGUAAGACUAUGAAAUGCUUGAAGAAAGAGAAGGAUCACUAUGCUGACUUCUUAAAUUCCCUUUGCGGAUCAAGCGCAAUCCUCAAUAUACUUCUUGCUGACGUAAAAAUCGAUGCUCUGUUCAGAGUCUUAGGCUGCAGCUAUCAUGCAGUGAUGCUACUGUGGCAGCCACAACUUUGACAGGAAUGACAGUGAACUAAACUACAUCAAGCUAAAGCUGAAGCGAUGGCACAUCGCUAUGUCAGCAAGUGUAAAUGUUGCUUCCCAUGGCAUUGACUGCCACCUGUUCUUGGGCCAGUACACAAACAAAAUCAUGAAUCACAACUUUUAAACAGUAAUAUGUAUGAGGAACUCAAUGGGUUAGGUAUACUUAUGACUAUACUUGAAUAUGUUUACAUAAGGGUUAAUGAGUAUUGCAUACUCCUGACUCCAGGUUAUCCUGUAUACUGAAUGAGGAGGUAUUUUGAUGGAUUUGGAUCAGCAUCUACAAUUCCUAGGUUUGAAUGGUGUCAAAAGAGAUGAGAGUUGUUAGAAUUCUCAUGAAAGACUACAGCUCCAAAGGGACAGUUUCUUUAUAGUCUGAACUGGUGUCAUAUGCCCUUAGAUUGUGGUCUUUUGCUUGUCUCUGGAUUUAUUUGGAAAUAUCAGCUUGGUAACCUACAGCUCACAGUAGGUGGUAUCUUACCAACAUUGCUUAUAAUCACAAUUCAGGACCCUUUUAGGGUCCCAAUUCUGCACGGGUUAGAGGGGUGCGAACGGGAGAAUCUUAAGUAAGAUGGCCAAUUAAGAAGCUGGCCCCUCAUCCACAGCUCUUAUGACCAUCCAUGCAGAGGGGAAACACCUUCAAUGGAAGGAUUAUUGACUGCAACCUUUUGAUACCUACAUCUCAUAUAUUGGGCCAGUGAGAGGAGGCCCAAGUGGAUUGAGAGAAGGCCCUCCGGCCUGCUGUUGGGAGGCAAUCUCAAAUUGCUGCCAUAACUAAGCAGGGGAAGGGUUCUGAGUCACACUCUGGUAGGAUACAGUUGGCUGCUGGAUGGUAGCCACUGCCUUUGUAAGCCUGGAGGUGAAAACAUGCCAAGGAGCCAACCUCCCAUGCAAGUUUCCAAAUUUCUCCUUCCCCCCCCACCUCCACCAUCCCUGAAGCUUCUGGGGCUGAUAAGAUUCUGCCCAGUAUCUGCCAACACAUCAACAUCCAGCCUUUCCCUCAGUCAACCUUAAAACCGUUGCAGGUCCAACUUUCCCCCACUAUUCUGGCUUCAGACUCUUUGUGAUAUUUCAACAAUCUGAGUUUAAACAUAGCAAAGUUGAUGAAUCCAAAUCAACUUUUAAGCCAUUGCAUUAGAUGGAUAUAGUGGUCCAGUGGUUUGGGGAUGGGUCUAAAUCCCACCAUAGCAAGUUGAGAAAUUGAACUCAAUAAAUCUCUCAGAUUGUGGGCUGACAUCAGAAAAUCUGCCAUGAAAUCUGCCAGAUUUACAAACAGGUUCACUAAUGUUCUUCAGGGGAAGGAGUUUGUCAUUCCCAUCCAGUCUGGCCUACAUGGUGCUCCAACCCAAUGCUGUGUGGCUGACUCAGGGCAACUCGAAACGGGCAGUUAAUAAUACCUUGACAGCUUCACCCACAAGAACAUCCCAAGAACUAUAUAUGUUUUAAAAAAUCUGGUUCAAUGCAUUUUUUUGCAUACAGGUUUGAAUCAGAGUAAUUAUAGUCUGCAGAUGAAGAAAUUGAAUAUUGAGAAAUAUUACAUCAGAUUCUCAGAGCAUUUUUAGCUUGCUCUAUGUAUUGCACAGCUGGCCAAUAAACAAAUUAUCUACUUGA